AUGUCCUCCUCGCCACCAUCCCCAUCCUCAGGGCUCAAUGUGAUCGCCCUCAUCUCCGGCGGGAAGGACUCCCUCUACUCCAUUCUCCAUUGCAUCCGCAACGGCCACAACGUCGUCGCCCUCGCCAACCUCCACCCGUCAGAACCCCCCAGCACAACAUCCUCAGACACUACAUCAGAAGCCGACGAUGACAUCGACAGCUUCAUGUACCAAACAAUCGGCCACGCCGUCAUUCCACUCUACGAAUCCGCCCUGAAGCUCCCGCUCUACCGCGCCCCCAUCACCGGCGCCGCCGUCGACACUGCCCGUGUCUACCGCCACAAUGCUGCUGACCAGGCCGCCCAGAGCACCGAAGAAGAUGAGACCGAGUCUCUUGUCCCCCUGCUGCGCCGCGUCAUGCACGACCACCCGCACGCCAAUGCCGUUUCCGCCGGCGCCAUCCUCUCCACGUACCAGCGCACUCGCAUCGAGAAUGUCGCAGCACGCCUCGGACUCGUUCCUUUAGCCUGGCUGUGGAUGUACCCGUCACUUCCAGUGCCGGAGGACCGCCGCGCUGAUCCCGGGGCUGUGUCAGACGCCGGACUACUGGAGGACAUGGCGGCGUGCGGGUGCGACGCACGCAUUAUCAAAGUUGCGUCUGGAGGCCUGGACGAUGGGUAUCUAUGGGAGAAUGUAUCUGAAGCAGGCAACAGCGGCCGGAUGUGGCGGAGGCGUGUCGUGAAAGCAAUGGGCCGGUUCGCGGCGCCGGAGGAUACCCGGGGCGCGGUGCUGGGCGAGGGGGCGAUGGAGGGACGAGAGGUCCGGACUGGCGAGGGCGGCGUGGCGUACAUGCGCUUGACGGGGGCAACGUGCGUGCCCAAGGACGGCGACGCACAGGAGUAUACGCCGCAAGACGUGCCGCGGCCAGGCUUGGUAGAUGAGAUGUUUCAAGACGCAUGGGAGGAAUUAAGGUCGUCUGCAGUAUUGCCGGGCUCGUCAGGCUCGAUGGCGCCGCGGCUUAUGACGCCGGAGUGGACAUCCUGCAUGCCGCACCACCGGCUCUCGUCGUCAACAUGGAUAAUAUCAAACCUGGUGGCGCCGGAGGCCGGCCCCAGCGCCGCAGACCAGAUGCGCGCCAUCGCCGACAAGAUCCAGCAUGCCCUGCGUUCGUCCAACGACACGCAUCCCUCCCCUCGCUCCACCGACGACAUCGUCUUCACUACUGUCCUGCUCCGCUCCAUGUCCGAUUUCGCCCCUAUGAAUACCGUCUACGUCUCCCUAUUCAAGAAGCCGAACCCACCCGCCCGCGUCACUGUCGCUUGCGGCAAUGCCCUCCCCGCCAACGUGACCGUCAUGGUCUCGCUCACCAUUGACCGCGGUGCUCGAGAUCACCGCUCCGGCCUCCACGUCCAGUCCCGCUCGUACUGGGCCCCCGCCAACAUCGGGCCCUACUCGCAGGCCAUAACGGUACCCCAACGCGGGCCCAGCAGCAUUGUCCACAUUGCCGGUCAGAUCCCACUCGACCCGGCGUCGAUGGACGUCGCUGCGCCGCAGGGCUAUCCACACGAGGAUUUCAUUUUCCGCGCCGUACUGGCCUUGCAGCAUCUAUGGCGCAUUGGCGCUGCGACCCAGGUCGAUUGGUGGCUAGGCGCGGUUGCGUUCCUGGCUGGCGGCGACGUGGGGGCUCGUGCUCGCGUGGCGUGGGCUCUGUGGAGCAAGGCACAUGCCGCUCCUGUCAGUAACGAUGACGACAACGACGACGAGCCGCAGCUUGAUGCCUGGGAUAUCAAGUAUGGGCGACGCGGUGCGGACCUGGUGCCGCGGUCGUCCGGGCACGGGGUACCGCGCUUCGAGGUGCUGGACCGGGCCAGUGCGUUUGUCUCGCCAUUUCUGGCUGUAGAAGUAGAUGCGCUUCCCCGUGGGUGUGAGAUCGAGUGGCAGGGGCUGGGGAGUCGGUGUGCGCGGGCGAUGGUGGAGAGCUCGGCGGAUGCAGUAAGUGUUAUUGUGGAUGAGGGGAUUCGAUCUGUUUGCGUUGAAAUUGGAGAAGGAAGCACAGCGCUUGCGGAACAGGUUUCUGCGGUCGUGGAGACGUACACGUCUGGAGGAACCUUGGCUCAGGCGGUGCUGUAUACAGCGCAGGCUGUCGAUGAGGGUGUAUGGCCGGGUCAGAUUGUGCCUUGUAGGUCUGUUUGGGGCCGAGAGGGGCGGAAACUGACUGCGGCUGUGGUUCUGCAGGUGGAAAACGAAUAA